AUGGGGGUCUCCAACUUGAGGGAAAGUUUUGUCAAGAAGAUCAUCGUGUCAGUGGUACUGCUGCUUGUAAUGCUACCUUAUUCAGGAUGCAAGAUGCAUUCUAUUAAUUGCAGCAUAUAUGAUGAUCCUAUUCCUAUACCACACAAUUUUUAUCAGCCAGCUAGUAACUCUCAUUACAGUUCUGUGCCAAAGAACUAUCAGCAUAUCCUUGCACCUGUGUUUGCUGUAAAAGAGAUCAAUGAGAAUUCCCAAAUCCUUCCAAACAUCUCAUUGGGUUUCUACAUCCUCAACUGCUACUAUGUUGCAAGAAUGACCUAUAAGGCUACCCUGAGCCUGAUUUCCACACCACAUAGGUUUAUUCCCAACUUCAAGUGUGAUACCCAGAGCAAUUUGAUGGCUGUCAUUGGAGCACUUGCUUCUGAAAUCUCUGCCAAUAUGGCUAGUAUUUUUGCCACGUACAAGAUUCCUCAGAUCACAUAUGGAUCUUUUUCUCCAGUGCAAGGUGACAAAACUCUGUUUUCAUCCUUGUAUCAGAUGGUCCCAAACGAAGCCCACCAGUACAGAGGGGUUGUCAGAUUAUUUCACCAUUUCAAAUGGACAUGGAUUGGACUCUUUGCUGUGGAUGAUGACAAUGGGGACAGAUUUUUGCAAUCAGUGAUACCAAUGCUUGAUCAGAAUGGCAUCUGUUAUGCCUUCAUACUAAGAACAGCAAAGCGUACAUUUAUGGAAGAGUUGAUGGUGAUGGUGUUUAGGCAAUUGGAAAAAUAUUCACUUCUCGAGGACACAAAAGUCAGUACAUGUUUCGUAUAUGGAGAAGAUCCAUCAAUGGCAACUUUGAGAAUGUUGUGUUUUUUUGCAGGAUUGUCUGGAUUGCCACCUGUGGGUAAGGUGUGGAUUGUUACAUCCCAAUGGGAUUUCUGUGCCACAACAAUUCAAAGGUUUUGGGAUAUAGAAAGCUUCCAUGGUACCCUGUCCUUCACAGUUCAUUCAAAGCAGCCACCUGGAUUCCAAGCAUUUGUUAAAAGUAUAAAACCUUCCUGGGCAAAAAGAGAUGGUUUCAUUCAGAAUUUCUGGGAGCAGGCAUUCAGCUGUUGGUUAAAAAAAUCCAGUGGGGAUCUGGGGAGCAAAACAGCCUGCACUGGUGGUGAGAAGCUGGAGAUCCUUCGCAGCCCUAUUUUUGAAAUGAGCAUGACUGGACACAGCUACAACAUCUACAAUGCUGUUUAUGCUGUUGCACAUGCUUUGCAUGCCAUAUGUGAAUCCAAAUCCAAAAGUAGAAGAUUAGUAGAAGGGGGAAGUAUGGCAUUUUGUAAUGUGCAGCCAUGGCAGCUCCAUCACUUUAUAAAGAACAUAAUGUUCAACAACAGUGUCGGAGAGAGUGUACAUUUUGAUAAAAAUGGAGAACUAAUUGCAGACUUUGAUGUUACAAACUGGGUCACUUUCCCCAAUGGCUCUUUUAUGAGAGUUAAAGUUGGAAGACUGGCUCCUCUGGCUCCUCUGGGCAAAGAGUUAACUGUUCAUGAUGACCAAAUAGUGUGGCAUAGAAGCUUUAACCAGGUGCUGCCCCUCUCUUUGUGCAAUGAAUACUGUUACCCUGGCUACAGCAGGAAAAAGAAGGAGGGAGAGAAAUUUUGCUGCUAUGAUUGUGCUCCAUGUCCAGAAGGGAUGAUCUCCAACCAGAAGGACAUGGAUACCUGUCUCAAAUGUGAACAUGAUCAGUUUCCCAGCAAGAACCAAAACCAGUGCAUUCCUAAGGUGCUGACCUACCUCUCUUACAAAGAACCUUUAGGAAUCAUCCUUAGCAUAUUAUCUGUUUCCUUGUCUUUGAUUGCAACUUUAGUUCUUAGAAUCUUUAAGAAGCACAAGAAUACUCCCAUAGUCAAAGCCAACAACCGGACCCUUACCUAUAUCCUCCUUGUCUCCCUCAUAUUUUGCUUCCUUUGUCCAUUGUUUUUCAUUGGACAUCCUGGGAAGGUGACCUGCCUCAUCCGACAAAUGGCUUUUGGUAUUGUCUUCUCACUCUCCCUUUCCACGGUGUUGGCAAAAACCAUCACAGUGGUUCUAGCAUUCAUGGCCACCAAACCAGGAUCUGGGAUGAGGAAAUGGAUGGGGAAAAGACUGACAAAUUCUCUUGUCCUUUCUGGCUCUUUUAUUCAAGUUGGCAUUUGUAUGGUUUGGCUGAUUACUUCUCCCCCGUUCCCAGAUAAGGACAUGAACUCACUGAAAGAGGAAAUCAUAGUGGAAUGCAAUGAGGGCUCAGCUUCCAUGUUUUAUUGUGUCCUGGGCUACAUGGGCUUCCUGGCCACUGUCAGUUUCACAGUAGCUUUCUUAGCCAGGAAGUUGCCUGACAGUUUCAAUGAAGCCAAAUUUAUCACUUUCAGCAUGUUGGUUUUUUGUAGUGUUUGGUUGACCUUUGUUCCAACAUACUUGAGCACCAAAGGAAAAUACGUGGUGGCUGUGGAGAUCUUCUCUAUCUUGUCCUCCAGUGCUGGGUUACUUGUUUGCAUUUUUUCUCCAAAAUGCUACAUCAUUAUUCUGAGACCUGAGCUGAACACCAAGGAGCAUUUAAUAAGGAGACAAAAGUAA